AUCGGGAUCGACUUAAUUUUGCGCAGGCGUGAAGCGGUGAAAAACAAACGAAUGCAAAGUGAAACACAUGCAGAACUUGUUGAAUUGUUCCUUGUCAUACGGAGUUUUAUAGGACAAAAUGUCUCUUCCACCCGAGAAAAUCACAGAGCUUAAGCAAAUAAUCCAUUCUCAGCUAAAUCAGAUGGACAUACAGAAUAAAAUCCGAGACAUUCUCUCUGAUACGAUACAGCAUGACUUUAUGGGCCAGCAUGGUAAAGUGGGAGAAGAGGAACUUCUACAUAAGCUGAAACAACAAGGACUUGUAGAUGACAUUCUGCAUCAGUUGCAGUUCAGAGGUCAACAAGGGGGCACAACCCCAGCAACUCACUUCUUGGACAAAGAUGAUAAAGUGACACAGCUUCCCACAAAGAAAGUGAACAUAGAUCCGACCAGGAGAUAUGUUUAUUUUCAAAUAAAAGGCGGGAAAGCAUUCUUGGAGCACAUUGAUGAAAGUGACCCCAUGCCUGGACAAGUGUCCUCCUUCUUCACAUUUCAUAUUUACUUCCGAGGUCAGCGGUUCAAAUCCCGCCCCAUUCCCUGUGCAUGUGAACCUACCAUUGAUGAAGGUUUUCUGCUAGAACUCCACAAAGAGUCAUCUGGAGAAGCAGGAAAGAUGGCAGAUGCUAGCACCAUGUUAUCCAUCAGUGACCCUAUCCACAUCGUCCUGAUUAAGACAGAAGCCUUGGGAGAGACCAGUCUGGUGUCCUCCAACUUCUUUGAGUGGAGAACGGUGCUGGCCUCCUCAGGAAACAGAAUGUCCAUGAUGUUAGAGCUCAAAGGAACUGGAAAUGAAAGCAAGGUGCCAGCAGGAGUCAUUGAAAUUAUGAUGGAACUUUUUCCCAAAUCUACAAAAAAUUUUGGCCAGGAUGUUGUGGCUGCUCAGAUAAGCCUUGAAAAAAGCAGACAGGCAGAAAGGGAACGUCUGUUCUUAGUGUAUGCCAAACAAUGGUGGAAGGAGUACCUCCAGAUCAGACCAGCUCACCAAGACAGACUGGUCAAAAUAUUUGCUCAGGAUGAGAACAUGGUGAACAGACCAGUCAACUCGUACCUGAAGCCUUUAAGGGGAGGACGACUGCUAGAUUCUGCUAGACAUGCAGCAAGAUUUGUCAGCCUCAUACACCAUGAGAAAAUCCAGUCCCUAGGGGCCGGGGGGAGAACAGAACAGUGGAGUAGUGUCCACGCUUUCCUGUGUAGAAACAAAGGGGACUGUGAGGAUCAUGCUACGCUACUCUGCAGUCUUCUCCUGGGCUUUGGACUGGAUGCCUAUGUCUGCGUGGGAACUAAAUCUAAGGGUGCUGUCCAUGCCUGGGUUGUCACCAUCAGUGUGGAGGGGACUAUUGUCUUCUGGGAGAGUCUCAAUGGACACAGGUACAUACAUCUACCAAUUGACCCAAAUGCUCCACCUAUGGACAAACAGCAUCGUCCAAAAUACCCUUACAAGACAGUUGGAUGUGUGUUCAAUCAUGUGUCAUUCUAUGCAAAUAACCAGCCAUCAGAUUCAGUGGAGGUGUGCAGAUUUAACCUAAGUAAUGAGGCAGACUGGAAAUCCAUGUCCCAGGAUGCCAUCCUCUCUGUGUGUGGGCCGGGAACCUCCCCCACGUGGCCGACCAUGCCCCCUCUGUGUGCCUCCAGCCUGGACUCCUCCCUCGUCAGCAAUGACCUGGAACAACAGUUACGGGUCAUGGUGUAUGAACACAGGAGGGAUUUGGGGCUGACCACCAAUUUUGAUGACCAGCUUAGCUAUCUCCUAACACCAGCAUUAGCAGCAUAUGAACUGGAGAGAGUCACAGGAAUAACAGCAGGGAAUGAAGAAUUCCAAGACUCCAUCAAGCAGGCUGUACCAGACGGCCAUACAUUUAAGGGCUAUCCCAUCCAGUUCUCUCACAGAAAUGCCAAGCGAGCUUUUGCCACAUGUUUGAAGUCUCCUGUAUGUGAGGAAAUCAUCAACUGUCGAGGAGAUCAUGUCCGUCUGGGUGUAAGAGUGAAAGUUUACCCCUACCCUGAAAACGCAGUUGCAACCUGGGUCAUGUUUGCAUGCAAAUACAAAUCAAUCUUGUGAGCAAAUUGUCCAAAGAUUUUAGAACAUUUUUGGUGACAGCACCUGCUUGUCCAAGAGAUUUAAAUUUUGG